AUCAUGGUGCGCAUGAACGUCUUGGCCAUCGAUCUUAAGAGCAUCAAUAAUGCCGAGAAGAGAGGUAAACGCCGGAUUCUCAUCCGGCCAUGUUCCAACGUCAUUGUUCGGUUCCUGACCGUGAUGAUGAAGCAUGGUUACAUUGGUGAAUUUGAAAUCAUUGAUAAUCACAGAACUGGAAAAAUAGUUGUGAACCUCUCUGGCAGGUUAAACAAGGGUGGCAUAAUCAGCCCUCGGUUUGAUGUGCAGCUGAAAGACCUAGAAAAGUGGCAGAAUAAUCUGCUCGCAUCCUGUAAAUUUGGUUUCAUUGUACUGACAACCUCAGCUGGCAUCAUGGACCACGAGGAAGCAAGACGAAAACACACAGGAGGGAAAAUCCUGGGAUUCUUCUUCUGUAUGUAA